CUCUCUCUCUCUCUCUCUCUCUCCAGCAUCGAAGAUCAGUGCUGGUUAGCAUAGUGUCGGAAUAGAUUCAAAAUGGCUAGAGGGUUGAAGAAGCAUUUGAAGAGGCUUAAUGCCCCCAAGCAUUGGAUGCUGGACAAACUUGGAGGAGCAUUUGCUCCCAAGCCAUCAUCUGGACCUCACAAAUCUAGGGAGUGUUUGCCAUUGAUUCUCAUCUUGAGAAACAGGUUGAAAUAUGCUCUCACUUACCGUGAGGUCAUUGCCAUUUUGAUGCAACGGCAUGUUCUAGUUGAUGGAAAGGUCAGGACUGAUAAAACAUACCCUUCAGGAUUCAUGGAUGUUGUCUCCAUUCCCAAAACAAAUGAGAACUUCCGUCUCCUUUAUGAUACCAAAGGUCGGUUCCGUCUCCACUCAAUAAGGGAUGAAGAGGCUAAGUUUAAGCUCUGCAAAGUUCGAUCUGUGCGGUUUGGGCAGAAAGGUAUCCCAUACCUAAACACUUAUGAUGGGCGGACCAUCCGCUACCCUGACCCACUUAUCAAGGCCAAUGACACCAUCAAGCUUGACCUCGAGAGCAACAGGAUCACCGACUUCAUCAAAUUCGAUGUGGGGAACGUGGUCAUGGUGACCGGAGGGAGGAACAGGGGACGUGUUGGAGUCAUAAAGAACAGGGAGAAGCACAAGGGUACCUUUGAGACUAUCCACGUCCAGGAUGCUACUGGGCAUGAAUUUGCAACUCGUUUGGGCAAUGUGUACACCAUUGGCAAGGGAACAAAACCAUGGGUAUCACUUCCUAAGGGCAAGGGUAUCAAGCUGUCUAUUAUUGAAGAGGCUAAGAAGAGGCUUGCAGCUCAAGCAGGAGCUACUGCCUAAAAUCUGGUAAUAACAUCAUGCGAUGUUAAGGAGUUGGAGUAGGCACUUUAUGAUUUUGUAACUGUUGUGCUCAAAAUUCUGGAUUCUGUUGUGGUUUUAUCAGAUGCUGACUUCCCCCCUUCUCUCUUUCUCUCUUCUUUUCUCUGGUUAUGUUGAGCUGAAAUACUUUGCUUGGUUCACUUCUUUUUUUGUUCUAGCAAUAAUGGUGUUUUUUCAGCACUGCUAGUGUGUUCUUUCUGAAUGUAUGGUGGUAGUUGCAGCAUCUGCAACCCAUAUAUUAACCUUCGAAUGUUUGGCCAUCGAAGGUGUAGGCUAUGUGGAAAGAGCACCCAGUGGGCAAAUUUGAACCAGUCAUUCAACAUUGUAGUUUCACAAGG